UCGGUUCGGGUUACUCAACGAGAAAGUGAGGGUGAUAGUGAGAGAGGUGGAGAGUAUGAGUGAAUAGAUGGCUGCAUGCACUUCAGUAGCAGAGGCGGUGUGGAGAGACAUCAAAUCAUCCCGUUCAGUGACAGACGAUCAGCUCCAAGUGUUACAUUUCCUGUUCGGGAAGAACUUUGAGCGCGCAACCAGGAUCGUCGAUCAGGGUGGGGUCAAGAGGGUCUCUGGCGAUCCCAGUGGUCGUUUUGUUUUCCAGGUGGUAGGAGAAUCAAGGAGAAAGGAGGAGUACAUUUGCUUUGCUGAUCACCAUUGUACUUGCUAUUCUUUCUUUUAUGACACCGUCAACCGGGGAGAACAACUGUGUUGUAAGCAUCAAUUAGCAGCACAACUUGCAGCAGCAGUAGAAGCAUGCAUCGAAGUGAAGGUGUCUGAUGAGCAGCUAGCACUGCUACUCUCCAAACUUUGAAAAUUUUGUACAGACAGGACUAGAAGUUCCCAUUUGGAAUUGAAGAGAUGAAGCUGGUGAAGCCAACUGAUUUGUUUCAGUAUUUCCAGAAAAAUACAAUGGAACGGGGGCGGUUUCUUGGAUUAGAUGUUGGUCAUAAAUAUGUUGGGCUAGCAGUUUCGGAUCCUGAUAAUAGAAUUGCAGCG